GUUGCAGCUGCAGCUGUUGCAGUUUCGUCUCGAUCACCAGUAAAUCAACAGCCAUGUUUCAAUUGAUUAUCUUCAUUGCUGGGCUCAGCGCUGUUUUGGCAACUCCUCAGUGGUAUCCAGGACCUCAUACUGCUUACGGUGCCAAUCAUGGUGGUUAUGCAACUCCGCAUGGUGGUGCUGCACCUCUAGGACCUGAUGGCCGAGUAGUGGAUACACCGGAAGUCCAACAAUUGAAAGCUGCUCAUCUUGCAACACUAGCUGAAGCUGCAGCUCGUGCUCCUAAAGGACCUGCUGCUGGAUAUGAUCCCCAUGAUGGUUCUUAUAAUGAUGUCUGGAAUGGACCUAAUCCCUCUUACGCUCCUGCUCAAUAUGGACCACGGUACCAGGGACCACCAGCACCCUUGGGUCCAGAUGGACGGGUUGUCGAUACUCCUGAAGUCCAAGCAGCGAAAGCUCACCACUUCUCUCUCUUCAAUGCUGCUGCUCAACAUGCUCCCGCUGCUCCUGCAUCUGCUGCAUACCCUCCUCACGUGGAUUAUGACUCAGGUGCUUAUAAUCCCGCGUGGGAUGGCCCAGCUUGGAAUAAUCAAUAUUAAUUAUGUAACAGAGCGAUUUAUAUUAAUAUUCAUACAUGAUCAGUGAGGUCAUAUUUAAUGAGUAUUUUUUUAGUAACACCAUUCUACCUCAAAAAAUAACAUUGAGUUUAUUUAAAUUUUUAAACUCCAAAAAUGUUGCAGUGUUUAUUUGUAUUACUUUUUGAAACUUUUCGUCAUCAAAUUUAUUCCGAAAAUUCUUAAUAAAUUUUUCAAAUUUCUUGAUCGCCAUGAAAAAAGAACAAAAAACUUUUUCUCCAUCAGUUACCUAAUUUUAUAGUAUCAUCUUUUAAAUGAUCAACAAAAACUUUAAAUUAACAGUUAUGUCAUCAAGAUUUUUUGUUAUUAUGUAUGUCUAAUCGUCUGUCUGAUAAUUAAUCGGUUCACUUAUCACGUCUGUUAGCAUUGUCGUAUUGACAAGGUCGUAGCUAUUCAUGCUUGACAAGGAAUUUCUACAUUAUAAGAAGGAAGUAAAAUCAAUUGAUUGUUGUGCAUAUCCUUUUCCGCAAUCUCUUUGACAAAUAAAUAAGAUUCAAGGUA